UGUGCUGUGUCAGUCCAGAGAGGUGCAGCUGGGAUGUGCAUGGCGACCACCGUCCUACAGCUAUAGGAGCAUGUGGAGGAGAUGCAUGUAGUGGACGGUAGAAGUGAGAUUUGGGAUUAACCUUCCUUUGGAUUGAGUGACUUGGUUGCACUGACCACCAGAUCAGGAACCCUGACCACCCACCUCCCCGAGACCAGGACUUUCAACAAUGGCUGCAAAUAAGGUUGGAAAAAGACUGAUCAAUAAAAACCAUUCGCCGUCCAGAAGCAGGGAUUCGGGACAAGCCAUACAAAGGAGACAAGCCCGGGUGACUGUCAAAUAUGACCGCAAGGAGCUGCAGAAGAGGCUGGAUGUGGAGAAGUGGAUAGAUGAGACCAUUGAGCAGCUGUACCAGGGCAGGGAAAUGGACAUGCCUGAUGAGGUGAAUAUUGAUGACCUUCUGGACCUAGACACAGAUGAGCAGAGAAGAAGCAGCUUGCAGGUCAUCCUUGGUUCUUGCACUAACAACGCAGAGGCUUUUAUUCGAGAUUUGCUGUUCAAGUUAAAGGGACUUCAGAAACAGACUCUCCUAAGGAAGAACGGUCUGGGGAUCAGCAAUGAAGAUCAGAUUCGGGAACAUGCGUGACCGACGAAUACUGCUAACCUAUAACGAGGCGGGGGGGAGAGGUCCGCAAGCACAAGGCAUCUCUAUACGUGAAAGACGGAUGGAUGCAAAAGACAAAAUGAGCAUGGAAGUGAUGAUCAGGAGGCAUCUGGUGAUAGGACCACAUCGAUGUGUCGCACAUUCCCGCACCUCAUUAUUCUACAACCUGAUGCCUCAGAUACACCGCCACCUUCUUCUGCAUUAUCUAUUGUACUAGAAAGCUCAACCAAACAGAUUGCUCCUCAAGACCUUCCCCCCGUCCUGACCAUGAAGGAAGACAUAUCUGUAUUACGUAUAUAUUGUUCACAAUAAGUGUUAUUUUCUUUAUAGACUGUGAUCUCACAGGGCCGGGGACCAUAUAGUGAUAUCUUUAGCUGGUACUUUGCUUUUCCAUAAAAAUUAAAGGGGGUUAUUUGAGACUUUUUAACUGAUGACCUAUCCAGAGGGUAUCCAGAGUAUCUGAUUGUGGGGGUCCGACACCCGAGACCCUCGCCGAUCAGCUGUUUGAG